GACCUCGAGGCCCUGCGCAAGGGCCUUGCGCAGCGCGGCCCGGAGGGGCCUCCGGGUGUCGAUGUCGCCAAGCUCGCUGAGAAGAUUUGUGAGGAGAAGAUCGAAAAGCUGGCGAUUUCGGAGCACACCAUGAAGUCUCAGGCCGAGGCCUUGGAGCUGUUGCAGAACAAGGUGCAGCUAUGGGAGGAGUCCUUCCGCACGAAGCUGCAGGCUCUCAUCAACAAAGUCGACAGCAAGUGCAUGGAGGGCUUCCUUCCGAUCCUGUCCGAGCUAGGCUCGGCGCUCAGCAACAAGCCGAAGGUGGUCAGCGUGGACCGAACGCAAGAUUCAAGUUGGUGCAACCACUCCAACAGCUCGGGAAACAGCGAUUCGCAGAGCGCGCGGUCGCCACAGGCGCCGAGCCGAUGUGAUCCGAAGCCGAAGGUCGUUGCGCCGCAGGUUCAGCGCCAGUCCAGCGCCAGCCGACUGGAAGAGAGCCAACAGAUCGAAGCGCUGCUUCAAGAGAACUUGCUCCUGAAGGAAGCACAGGUCCGGCUCCGAGAAGAGAAUGUGGAGAUGCGAGAGCGGGCGCACAGAAUGCAGGAUGCUGCGCAUCAGAUGCACCCGGUCCCCGCCCCCGCGCAAUUCAACCGCUCGGCUCGAUCCCAUUCUCCACCGAUCCAGCCGAAGGCUUCGGCAUCGCCUCCACCACCGGCGGGGCCGCAGGCGCCUCGUCCCCGCACCUCCUUGCCGCCGAAUGGGGCGGCACAGCCAGGUCUGUCGAGACCCGUGUCAAUGACCGGACCGGUGAUGUCCCGAACGAUGGAGCAGAG